AACUAUAAAGAACUUAUACGUACAGCGUAUUUACUGCUGUCCAUUGUUGUCGUAGUUACGUAUUACAAAGAUCUAACGAUAAAACAUAUUAUAAUCUUAUAGUAGCCAAGGGGCCUAUUCUUGAACGGUGUCUAUGUAUGAACAAUAUUUAAAUAUAUACAGGAUUUGUAUACGGAUCCAGUUGGUUCGUUUUCUAAAAUAAUACAUAUUUAAUAAACUUUUUUUUUUUUUUAAAAAAAUGGUAAGUAUAUAGUCAUUUUCUUAUAAAAAUUACUUUAUUCUUAUUUAACUAUGUUUAUUUUUAACAUAUUAAUUUUAAGGCACCAAAAAAGAAAUCAAAAGGAAGUAAAGGCGGACGUACGAGUGCCGGAAUCGUAGAUGGCGUUUCUAUGGCUGAAAUGUCCAGAGAACAACUUGAAGGGUUUGCAGCUAGAAUGAAAAAAGAGUUGGAACGCGAAAGAGAAGAAAGAAACUUUUUUCAACUUGAAAGAGAUAAAGUAUUAACGUUUUGGGAAAUCACGAGACACGAGUUGGAAGAAAAUAGAGCAUCAUUGAGAAACAAAGACAGGGAAAUUGAAGAUAUAGAGGAAAAGCAUCAGGACGAAAUCAAAGUUUACAAACAAAAGUUGAAACUUUUAAUGUACGAACAGCAUGUGCAUUUAUCAGAAGUACAAGCUGAAAAUAUGGUUUCGUUGAAAAUUGCCAAUGACAAACAUUUAAACGAAGAAGAAGAAUUAACAAAAGAAAAUGACGCUCUCAAACAAGAAAUUGUCGAGAUAAAUUUACGGCAUAUAGAGGAAAUAAAUAACAUUCGAUUGGAGCAUGCCAGAGUUAUGCGUGAACUAAAAGACAGAUUUAUAUCUGAUUGUCAAGUGAUUGAAGGCAAGUAUCAGAAACGUAUGGAAGAUUUGAGAAAUCGAAUGGAUUUAAAGAACAAAGUGGAAGUGGCUGAGACUGAGGCUAGAAAAAACAAGCGCAUAGCGGAAAUUAUAGAAGACCAUAACAACGCAUUCAACAACUUAAAAGAACAUUACAAUGAUAUAACUGUUAAUAAUUUGACGUUAAUCGGCAGUUUGAAGGAAAAGUUAUUGGAAUUGAAAGAAGACCAGCAAAGAGCAGAAAUGGAUCUGAAAGAAGUGGCGAAAGAAAAUGAAUCGUUAAAAGGACCAUUGAAAGAAGCACAAACUACUGUUGAAGAAUUGACGCAAAAAAUGUCUAAUUAUUUAAAAGACAAACAACGAUUAAUGGUUCUUACUAAACGGUUAAAACAUUCAAAUGAUAAGUAUAAGGACCUCCAAGUAGAUUACGAUGAACUGAAAAUGAUUUCGGAGAAAAUGCAAGCUGAUUUAGAUAAUGUGAAGGAUGAAUAUUCAAACAAAUUAAUGAAUCUACAGAUGGAGCACGGGAAAAAGUUAUUGGCGAUCGAACGAAGGUUGAAACGAUCGGGAGAAACAGUCGAAGAAAAAGAGGCGCAAAUAGCGCGUUUAACAGGAGCUACGUCGGCGGACACUUCAAUUGCGAUGGCGAUGAAUGCAAAAACAGAGGCUUUACUGGAUAAGAAAAACCGAUUGAUCGAACAGAUAUGGAACGACCUGGUGAUUGUAACGCAGAAGUACAACGAAUUGUGUAAACAUUUCAAAAGCACACUUCGACAUCACGGGAUACAGGGCUACGACGACGGCGUUUUCGAAUUGGUACCUGCCGACAACAAACAUGAAUAUUUUGAAAACCUCUGACAACCACUGGCUACUAGAAAAUAAUAUUAUACACAUAUAUUUAAUAAUAAUUUAUAAAUUUAUCAUAAUUUAUGGCGAAUAACGACAUAUACGUGGUCGUUUGAUUUUUACAAAUUUUUCACAUAAUAAUAUUAUUUAUUGACUGGGUAGAUGCUCUAUAAUAUACAUUCUAGAAAUUUAUACAUCAACGAUUGGCCAUACCUUUUCUGUCAGGCGAGCACAUAUCCAGAGUGAAGAAGAGUAAAGAAGACUUAUCAUCGUAAAUCUUAAUAACAUUCGAUUGUUUUUUUACAAAAGUAUUUAAGUACCUAUCUUAUAAUAUAUACUAUACCUAUUUA